AUUAGGUAGGAAGAUUGCAUCAAUAAGGUUCUUGUUGAUAGAGAAUAUCGGUAUAAUAUUCCCCAAUUCCAAGCAGAAACAACGCAAAUAACAUCUCAACGCAGUAGGGUUACGGUUACAAAAAUUGACGAGGCCGAGAAUACAUCUAUUCUCCCGACGAAUUCAACAUGCCGGAUACUGAUACAAUAUGGAACGAAAGCACACAGCUUAUACCAAACACUGAAGAGAGCAACGGGACACCUGGAAAUAUUGAUGGGAAAGAAAUCAAUCGAUCGUGCAGUUUCAUUGGUUCUCUAGCAGCAACUGCUGGUGGUUUUUCGGAACACAUGUCGGAAAGUAUGAAACGAAUUGGUGUUCUGGGAUCAGUUUCCAUCGCUGUGAACUCCUUAACGGGACCUGCAAUGCUAACUCUUCCUGCGACAUAUCAGCGAUCAGGUUUGAUCCCUACGACCGCUGUCAUUCUUUUUGUUUGCGUAUUAUCAGCUUUUUGCUGCUUGCAUAUGUCAAACGUGAUUUCAAAGGUUCCCAAUAAUCAGGAUUUCACCUACGAUGUAAGUUUCACUAAAGCUUUCACAAGCAUUAUUGUGUUCAACUCUCACAUUGUUUUGAAUACCAUGCGAUGCAAUAUAGAUUGGUUAUAGCGAAUGUUUCCGUCAGCUUUGGGGCCCGAGGAGUUAUAAAUUUACACAGGUGAGGAGUGUCUGAGGGAGCACGAGUGGAACUAUUGAACAUGGAGUUUUUACUCAAUAGAGUGCUCGUCAUUCAAUUUUACUCCACUUUCCCAAACCUAUCCACUUCGGCACGCAAUUAUACUUCGAAGGUCUUGUUUUUCUGCUGCGUCACAUGUCUGAAUGUGUCGUCGAUCGUUGAUACAGCUGAAGUUGUCGAUACAUUUUUUGGUCAUUGGGUCCCAAGUGGAGCUUUGGCUAUAAAUUUUCAGUUGAUUG